AUGCCCCCAGUGAGACUGAAGGAGGCAGAGAAUUUCCCCGGCUGCCAGGCUUCCUGCACCGUGCUGCAGGUGUCUGUCAUCAAUAUUGCUGCUCUGCUCGCAACAGUUGCCCUACACACCAUCUUCAAUGUCCAUGAAGUCAUUGUGGCUGCUGCGAGCCUCGGAGACCCCCCGGGGCCAGAGACAACCCACCGCUCCAGUAGCGCUAAUGGAGAAGGGCGGACGUGGUAUCAGAGGUGGGCAGAGCAACUGGAGACCCCAGGUGCUGCUGCGUCAGGGCCCUUGCUCUGUGACCGCUCUCCGGAUAGCCGGUUUGACUGUGCACCUGAGAAGCUUCUCUCCAGAGCAGAGUGUGAGGCUCGGGGCUGCUGCUACGUCCCGGUUUCCUCUAGGGGCCCUGCGAUUUGGCAGCCCUGGUGUUUCUUCCCACCCAGCUACCCCAGUUACAAGGUGGAGAACCUGAGUGCCACAGAGACAGGUUACACUGCCCGCCUGACCCGCACUGUGCCCACCUUCUUCCCAGAAGACAUAAUGGUUCUGCGGCUGGAUGUGGCGUUUGAGACGGAGGGCAGGCUCCACUUCACGCUCAGGGAUCCAGCAAACAAACGCUAUGAAGUGCCACUUGAAACCCCAAAAGCGAGAGGCCAAAUCGCCUCUAAACUGUACAGCGUGCAGUUCUCAGCUGACCCCUUUGGCCUGAUGGUAUUCAGGGAAUCCAGCGGGCAGGUUUUGUUGAACACCACAGUUGCUCCCCUCUUCUUUGCUGACCAGUUCCUCCAGAUCUCCACCUCCCUGCCCUCCCAUUUCAUCUCUGGCUUGGGGGAGCACCUGACCUCACUCGCCCUCAACGUCAAUUGGACCAAAGUCACCCUUUGGAAUCGGGACAUGGCGCCCACGCCUUACGCCAAUCUCUAUGGCUCUCACCCGUUCUACCUGGUGAUGGAGGAUGGCGGCUUGGCCCAUGGAGUCUUCCUGCUGAACAGCAACGCCAUGGAUGUGGUGCUGCAGCCGAGCCCAGCCCUGACGUGGAGAACAACAGGCGGCAUUCUGGAUUUCUACGUCUUCCUGGGCCCUGACCCCAAGAGUGUGGUCCGGCAGUACCUGGAUGUCAUCGGGUACCCGUUCAUGCCCCCCUACUGGGGCCUGGGAUUCCACUUGUGCCGCUGGGGCUACUUCUCCACCGCUGCGACCCGGCAGGCUGUGAAGAACAUGACAGCAGCACAGUUCCCCUUGGAUGUGCAAUGGAACGACCUAGAUUAUACAGACGCCAAGAGAGACUUCACCUUCAACAAGAACAACUUCAAGGACUAUCCGGACAUGGUGCGGGAGUUCCACCGAAGCGGCCGGAGGUACGUCAUGAUCGUGGAUCCAGCAAUCAGCAGCUCGGGGCCCCCCGGCAGCUACAAACCCUACGACGAUGGGCUGAAGCGAGGGGUGUUCAUCCGAAAUGCAACAGGGCAGCCUCUGGUUGGGAAAGUAUGGCCUGGCCCGACCGUCUUCCCAGACUUCACUAACCCAGAGACUCACCGGUGGUGGCACGACAUGGUGCAGGAGUUCCAUGACCAGGUGCCCUUCGACGGCAUGUGGAUUGACAUGAACGAGCCAUCCAACUUCGUGGCGGGCUCCUUGGACGGCUGCCCCAACAACAAACUGGAAAACCCACCCUAUGUGCCAGGUGUCCUGGGGGGCAGCCUGCGGGCAGGGACCAUCUGUGCCUCCAGCCAGCAGUACCUGUCCUCGCACUACAACCUCCACAGUCUGUACGGGCUGACGGAGGCCAUCGCUUCCCACGAUGCGCUGGUGAGGGUGCGAGGGAAGCGCCCUUUCGUGAUCUCGCGGUCAACCUUUGCGGGUCACGGCCGCUUCGCUGGCCACUGGACUGGGGACGUCCGGAGCAGCUGGGAGCAGCUGUAUUACUCUAUCCCAGAGGUGCUGCUCUUCAACCUGUACGGGGUGCCGCUGGUCGGGGCGGACAUCUGCGGCUUUCUGGGUGACACCUCUGAGGAGCUGUGCGUACGCUGGACCCAGCUGGGCGCCUUCUAUCCCUUCAUGCGGAACCACAACGACCACGGCAGCAAGCCCCAGGAGCCGUACGCCUUCAGCCCUGCAGCCCAGGAGGCCAUGAGGAAGGCCCUCGUCCUGCGAUACUCGCUGCUGCCGUAUCUCUACACCCUCUUCCACAAGGCCCACUCUGCGGGGGAGACGGUAGCACGACCCCUCUUCAUGGAGUUUCCCGCAGACCCGAACACCCUGAGUGUUGACCGCCAGUUCAUGUGGGGAGCAGGGCUCCUCAUCACGCCAGUGCUAGAAGCAGGGAAGACCAAAGUCAGCGGCUACUUCCCCAUAGAGACUUGGUAUAACCUGAUGGCAGGCUCCGUCAUCCACAGCAAGGGCCAAUGGGUCCUCUUACCAGCUCCACUGGACACCAUUAACGUCCAUGUGCGGGCAGGACACAUCCUACCUCUGCAAGAGCCUGGCCUCACGACCACCGAGAGCCGGAAGAAGGGCAUGGCCCUGGUAGUGGCCCUGACCGUGGCUGGGGUUGCCAGAGGCGACCUGUUCUGGGAUGACGGUGAGAGCCUGCUGACGUUUGAGAAGGGCGACUACACUCAAAUCCUCUUCCUGGCCACGAACGGUGUGCUGUUGAGUGAGUUGGUGCGGGUGAACAGCCAGGUGGACGGGCUGUUGCUGCAGGAGGUGACCGUGCUGGGUGUCCCCAGCCCGCCCCAGAGGGUUCUAGCUAACGGCAUCCCUGUCUCCGAUUUCUCCUACAACGCAGACACCAAGAUCCUGAUGAUCCCGCUCUCUCUCCCAAUGGGGGAGCAGUUCAUGGUCACCUGGGCCUGA